AUGGCUAGUCCUACCUCUAACGUCACGGCCGUUUCUAGGCCAGCAGACGCAGAAGCUUCCGAGGCGGAGACUUCUAUCUUCGGUUCGGAAUCACUUCCCAGAAGCAAGCCUCUAAUAACGGUGCAAGCGGACCUUAAAACGCGUACAGUGCAGGACGAGGAGAGGGAGGAUGGGGGAGGAGGCCGGAGGAGCAUCAGGAAAGUGAAAGGGGAAGAAAAGGGAGGUGGGGAUGAGAGGGUUGAGUGGGUAAUAGCGGGGAAUGCAGCGGGGAAGAGUGAGGGAGGCAAGAGGAAGAGCAACAGGACGGGGGCCUGCAAGGAGGAGGAGGAGGCAGUAGCAGUGAUUGCUGGAGUGCUGAGGGAGAAAUUCGGGCCUCAGAUCGUGAGAGAGGUAGAGGAGUUGGGGAGUGGGAUGAGAAGCAGCGAGAACGACGAGAGGGUGAAAGUGAAAGAGGAGGAGGAGGGGGAAGAGGGGGACGAUGAGGAGGCGGAGGAAGAGGAGGAUGAGGACGACGCAGAAGGAGAGACGUGUGAGGAGGACUCACCACCGACCACAUCUCCUCCCACGCACCCUCCUCAGUUCAUCUUCAGUUUAAGCAAAGAAUAUCUCUUAGCUAAGCUCCAGUUCUUUGUGGAGCUGGUGGGGGAGGAGGCAGCAGGGAGAAUGGUGAGGAGCCGCCCGCAGGUUCUGCAACUAUCGAAGGAUAAUGUGCAAGGCAAGGUGGCGACAUUGGCUGAUUUGAUUGGCCAAGAGAAUUCCAUGAGGCUGGUGGCUCGAUCUCCUCCAAUUGUGGCAGGGGCGGUGGGGGGUCCUGUGCUAUGGGCUCUGCUUUUCACUCUAGUUUCGAUUAAACCAGGUGCUGGAGAGGAGACGGCAGGGGGGAUAGCAGAACUAGCAGCAGCGGCAGGAGCAGCAGGAGGAGGCGGAGGGGAUAGUGUGAGUGUCACAGCCUUUUUGCUGGGUCCUCUGUUGCUGCCUGAUGGGACUGGAGGGGGUGUGGCUGCUACAGCAGCUGCCUCUGCUACAGCUAUCUCUGCUACAUCUGUCUCUGCUACAGCUAUUGUGGCCCUUCCCCUGCAGUACCUGCUACAGCUGUUCCUGUGGGUGGUGGUGUCGCCAGGUGUAGCAGAGGGGCUGCUGUUCAGAGGGUGGCUGCUCACGGACCUGCAAGAGAGGCUCGGCAGGAUGGUCGCUGCAAUGCUCUAUGCAGCCCUCUCCGCCCUCUUCCACCUCUCCCUAUCCCUCCUCUUCCCCAACAUGGCCCUUGGGUUUGCCUCCGGCCUGCUUGCUGGUGCGAAUGGGCUAUGGUUGUGUUGGAGACAGGAAGGGUGUUUCGACAAGAAGUGGAGAAGAGAGGAGCUGGGUGUUCUGUGUCUGACAAAGUGGAGGGGAUAG